ACGUCUUUAAAUGCAUACCUAGGUACCUAGGUACCUAUACAGCUCAGCUUCAUCUUGCCCCACGUAUCUGCCCCUCCAUUCCGAUUCGGCCAUUUCUACUGUAAAGUAAACUUAUACCAGAUGCUCGAAAUCAAGAUAUAUCGGCAGCAAAAGAAACACAUAAAAAGCAAAAUCUGUUAUUAUCGGUAUUAGCCCACAUCUUCAAAUCUACAGCCUUCAAAAAUGCCUUCAGACGACCUGUUUGAUGAUAUUCUGAACCUAGAAGAGCAGUACUACAAGGAAGGCUACGACGAGGGCUACAAGGAUGGUACUGAAGCCGGUCGGAUCGAAGGCCGCUCUGUUGGUAUGAAGACGGGGUUUGAGAAAUUCUUAGAAGCGGGCCGGCUGCAAGGCAAAGCUAUCGUCUGGCAAAGCCGGUUACCCAACCAACCGGAACCAUCUACACUCAAUAGCAAUUCACAGCAGGAGGCGGCGCAGACUGGGUCAUCAUCUAGUUCUCAAGAUGAGAAGGACUCCGAACCAAAAGGGCUACCACCUCUCAACAGUAACUCGCGACUGGAAAAGAACAUCACCAUGCUGUAUGGCAUACUGGAGCCUGGGACGCUGUCGACUAAAAACGACGAUGAGUCGGUCAAUGACUUCGACAGCAGGUUGAAGGGCGCCCAGUCCAGAGUCAAGAUGAUCGAGCGGGCCAUCGGUGAAGGAGCCGGUGAUAAAGGCUCGACCAACAGGAACCGCCAGCCAGCCCAGAAGAACGAGAAUAUCGAGGACAUCGGGAGGAUACCGCAGAGGACAGAAGUCGUGAUGGGCAAUGUAUGAAUGCCUUAAGUUAGUAUCUUCGUGUAAGAAGCCUAUACCAUGGCAUCUAGAACCAGGCACACGCCAACGAAACAAUUAGGUCGGUUAAUAUAAGACCAAAUAAACUAUUAAUUUCGAAAGUACUGUCACCGCCCAAGAGUCUGUAAACCACAAGGGAAUCGAAUCUGAUAUUAGGAGCUGGCUUUCUCAUAUUUACAACUUGCUCCACCGUACACAUGGCAUGCGUGCCUAAGUCUAUUUGAAACUCCGGCAAGGGUAUGAUUCGGGGUACGAGUUCUCAUCCAGCGCGUAGUCAUGCACCUUCCAGCUGCCAUCGCCCUGCUUCUUCUCGCCGCUCGGCAGCGGCGGCAGCCCGCCCACGAACAAAGUCUGCCUAGCCGCAUCCUUGCUCUUCUCGAAGUACGCCGCGAGGCCGCCCGUCCUGCCGUCCUCCUGCGCGGCGACGAGCUGCUUCUGGCCCGCCUCGCCGAUGAGUUCUUGCUUGGGGGCCGCGGCGCUGCCGACGGUUAGCAGCGCCACGGCGUCGCCCUGCGUGACGAAGCUCAGCUUCGGGUACGCGCGCCGCGCAUCU